ACUCUUCACUAAAAGUCGUGUAAAAGGGCCCUUUGUGAAAAAAAUAAACUUGCUUGCUUUUGUUUGGAACGACUCAUCGAGUGGCGUCCCCUUCCCGAAGUGCCCUUCAAGGGCGCAAAAAUGCCUUUUGAAAACGCCUAAAAUCUCUUUUAUUGUGGCAAUGGGUUUCUCCACACCUCCCUGUCUCACAUGCAGGAACAACGACUGUAGAGAAACACACGUCCAGCUUUACUUCGCAAACAUAAGUGCAGUGAUCACCUGUAAUAGGGAUCCUCUCAAGACUGAAGAGUCACUGGUCAGCCCCACUUCUCCACCACAGUCACCUAUCAUAGAGAAAGACGGGCUGGACCCUGUCAUCACUGAUUAUGGGUCGGAGAAAUCUGACCUGUCAGUGGCUCUUCAAGACUGCAUGGCAGCACUGGAUCUGUUCCUGCAAAAUGAAUUUGACGGGGCUCUGACCAGACUUAAGAGCAGGAAUACAGAAAGCAUGUACCAUGCGCUCACAUAUGCCACCAUACUGGAAAUGCAGGCCAUGAUGACCUUCAACCCGGAGGAUAUCUUGGCAGCAGGAAACACCAUGAAAGAGGCACAGGCUGUGUGUCAAAGAUACCGUAAAAAGUCUUCCUUCAACAGCAAAAACUCCACAGAAGAGGAGCUCCAUGCUGAAGUGUGCUAUGCUGAAUGCCUCCUCCAGAGAGCAGCACUCACUUUCCUUCAGGAUGAAAAUAUGAUCAGCUUCAUAAAGGGAGGGAUGAAAGUGAGGAACAGCUAUCAGAUAUACAAGGAGCUACAUACAGUCCUGAAGUCCUCAGGUUAUGUUCAUGGUGACAAUCAUGGUCAUUUUGAAGGAGGUGUUAAGCUUGGUGUUGGGGCCUUUAAUCUGAUGCUGUCGCUGUUGCCAACAAGGACUCUCAGAUUGUUGGAAUUUGUUGGCUUCUCUGGUAACAAAGAUUUUGGUCUACAGCAGCUCCAGGAGGGCUCUGCUGAGUACACGUUUAGGUCUUUCUUGUGUAACAUGUUGUUACUUUGCUACCACACCUUCAUGAGCUUCAUUCUGGGCACUGGAGAGGGAGAUGUGGAGGAUGCAGAAAAACUUCUGCAGCCUUAUCUGAAAAUGUAUCCAAAGGGAUCCAUUUUCCUGUUUUUCGCUGGUCGAAUAGAGGUAAUUAAAGGAAACCUGGAAGCUGCUAUCAAGCGUUUCGAGGAGUGCUGUGAAGCGCAGCAGAACUGGAAGCAGUUCCAUCACAUGUGUUACUGGGAGCUCAUGUGGUGUUUCACCUAUAAGAGACACUGGAAGAUGGCCUACUUCUAUGCAGAUCUGCUCAGCAAAGAGAACACCUGGUCUAAGUCCACAUAUGCAUAUAUGAAAGGUGCUUACCUCAGCAUGCUGAGUCGUGAGGAAUGCCAGCCGUUUGGGGAGAACGAGGUGGCUUUGUUUAGGCAAGUUCAAGGUCUGAAACAGAAAAUAGCUGGGAAGUCAUUGCCCACAGAGAAGUUUGCAAUCAGAAAAGCUCGACGCUACAACUCAGACAAUCCCAUUCCUCUUCCUGCACCUCCAUUGGAAAUGAUGUAUAUCUGGAAUGGCUACACUGUGAUAGGGAAGCACAAGGACCUGACAGAGGGAAUGCUGAAGACCUUGGACGAGGCCCAACAGAAGCUUGAGCAACACCCAAGGACUGAGUUCACUACGGAUGACCAAUGUGUGGUUAGUCUACUGAAGGGGCUUUGUCUCAAACACUUGGGCCACAAGGAGGAAGCCGAACAUUACUUCACUCUCGUCCUCUGCAAUGAGAGUCAGAUUAAAUAUGACCACUACCUGGUGCCCAAUGCUCUUCUGGAACAUGGUUUACUAUGUUUGGAGGAGGACAGAGUAGAGGAGGCCAUCAGACUUCUGGAGACAGCCAAGCAAAAUUACAAGAACUACUCCAUGGAAUCACGGACACAUUUCCGGAUCCAGGCAGCACUACAUAAGGCACGAGGCACAGCUGAGAAUGGAAACCACUGCUCACCCUCCAGCCCUUAGCAGUUAGGGGUCACCACUGGUGUCACAACAGCCAUGAUUAGGCUUGACGCGGGGUGGGGAUAAUACAGAUAAUACAGGAUAUUGAACCACAGGUGUAUGAAUAUGAGACAUAGUGCAGUUCAAUCACGAUGAAGUAAUGACAUCAUGCAGUUAUGAUGUCACAGAAAUUGUAUCAUGCUAUUAUAAUAUUGUGAAUGUACUAUUAUUGUUAUUAUUAAUAAUAGUACAGUUAUUAUACAAUAACAACAACAAUAUUCUAGCUAGCACAUCAGGUUAAUAACAUGACCUCUCAAAUCACACAUCUGUCAGUCAUUUUGGCUGUUUUUAGAAGUCUUAUAAUAAUGCUUUCCACAACUACCAUAGAAACUGUGGUCGUGCAGUGACAACAGUAGUCUAGACGUACUGUAGCUGUGCCUUAUGGCUAACCGUAAUAUAUGUUUUAUUUGCAUUUAAAGCACAUGUGCACAACUUUUAGUUUACUUUUUAAUCUUUGGAGGUUAAUAGGUCAUUAAAAAAUGUUCCAGAGUUUUGAAAUCAUGGGUUACUCUUUGGUUAGAGUACUCUGGGCUUGUUAAAUCUCAUGGAUAUGAUGAAUCCUGUUCUCAACUUAAUUUGUAUCAUAUUUAACACUGUCUUGGUGUUUCUGUUUGCAUUGUUAGUCUGUUAACAAAAAAAAGAAAACAUGUUUAUUUUAACAGCAUAAAAAGACUAUCAAAAUUGAAGAAUUGUUAAGAGUUUUUACUAGGAGUUUGUGGGUUUAUUUAGCUAUUUCUUUUUAGUAUUUAUUCACUGUUAUGGCGCCUUUGAAAACUGUCCUAUUUUAAGUGGGCAAGCUGAAUUUGUCUUUUAGAAAGGCAGUCUCCUUCAUGUGGACUUGAUCCAGAUCGUACUUGAGCUCAAACAAACAAGUCUUUUAGAUACAUGCAGGACAGGCUGGCGUGCCAGCUCCAACCGGCAUGAGGGAUGCACUGAAAACCACUACAGACUUACAUUUUGAAAAGAGAGAAAAUUUUAGCUGGUUCAGGACAGAGGAUUGUAUUCUAUUCAGAUUAUAAAUGCUACUGUAUAAAGCUUUUUCCAAUUGUGUUCAACUAACUAAACCCAGCUGCAACAUUGUUCUUAAAUGCAUUGUAUUUUUUCAAAUGUAGUUUUAGUUAGACAGUCCUGCACAGCAAAGCCUAUUCUAAAGUGUGUUUUAAAUGAAUUCAUCCCAGAUUAGUUUAAUAGAUUUGGAAGGAAUCUUCCUACUGCAAUGUAUUCUUUAUAGUGCCUUUUUUAUGAGACCCAGUCCUACACAAAGUCAAAUUUACAUAAUGGAAAAACAAUCAUCAGGUCAUUUUGAAAUCAUAUGUUUGCUCAGAAAUGUCAUAGCAUACUUAUAACAAGAAAGUGUUGUAAUGCAACUGAAUUUAACACCUGGUUUGAUAUUAACUGCUUCAGUAGUUCUGUAAAUUUGAUGUAUUGAAAGAUGUGACCACUGGAAAAUCACGUUGUCUCACAGGUGUUAGAACAGAAAUAUAUGAAAAAGAAUGAUAUAUGGUGUUUGUUUGUUUAUUUAUUUAUUUUAAUUCCUACUUAUUUAGAUUGAUUUUACAGGGUAUGGGCUAUAGAGGUCAGCAAAUCCUGUAUGUGGUGCAUGGCUAUGCAAACAGACAUUCUUGUAAAUAUCGACUUUACAUUUUCUAAUUGAAAAUUAAAUUAUAUA